UUGACUCAGAGCCAGAGAGAAGAGAUAAGUGAGAGAAGAGAUAAGCGAGUGGCGUUUUGGUUAAUCAUUUUGAGGAGAUGGAUCCGACGACGCCGUUGCUUACGCACGGUGGCGAAGUAGAAGAGGAUUAUGCUCCGGCCAGGAGCUGGAUCGAUAUUAAGCGAGUUUUGUCAACAGAGUCGGCUAAGAUGUGGAUGAUAGCUGCUCCGGUGGGGUUCAACAUCAUCUGCCAGUACGGUGUUAGCUCAGUCACUAAUAUCUUUGUCGGUCACAUCGGCGAAGUCGAGCUCUCUGCCGUCUCUAUCUCUCUCUCUGUCAUCGGCACCUUCUCCUUCGGUUUCUUGCUUGGAAUGGGAAGUGCACUUGAAACACUAUGUGGCCAAGCAUAUGGAGCUGGUCAAGUCAAUAUGUUAGGUGUUUAUAUGCAGAGAUCUUGGAUUAUCUUAUUCGUUUCUUGCUUCUUCCUCCUUCCUAUUUACAUCUUUGCCACGCCGGUUCUGAGACUACUCGGUCAAGCCGAGGAGAUCGCGGUUCCAGCUGGACAGUUCACUCUUCUAACCAUCCCACAACUCUUCUCACUGGCUUUCAAUUUCCCAACCUCUAAGUUCCUUCAAGCACAGAGCAAAGUGGUUGCUAUUGCUUGGAUUGGAUUUGUGGCUCUUGUCCUUCACGUUAUUAUGCUCUGGCUGUUUAUAAUCGUGUUUGGUUGGGGAACAAAUGGUGCUGCUUUGGCGUUUAAUAUUACAAACUGGGGAACAGCAAUCGCUCAAAUUGUUUAUGUGAUUGGUUGGUGUAAUGAAGGCUGGACUGGUUUAUCUUGGUUGGCUUUUAAAGAGAUUUGGGCUUUCGUUAGACUCUCCAUUGCAUCUGCUGUUAUGCUUUGUCUUGAAAUCUGGUAUAUGAUGAGUAUCAUCGUCCUUACUGGCCGCCUUGACAAUGCUGUUAUCGCUGUUGAUUCCCUUUCUAUAUGCAUGAAUAUCAACGGCUUGGAGGCCAUGUUGUUCAUCGGAAUAAAUGCUGCUAUAAGUGUCCGUGUAUCCAAUGAGCUUGGCCUAGGCCGUCCAAGAGCAGCUAAAUACUCUGUCUAUGUCACGGUCUUCCAGUCUCUCCUCAUUGGUCUUGUCUUUAUGGUGGCUAUCAUCAUAGCCAGAGACCAUUUUGCCAUCAUCUUCACGAGCAGCAAAGUACUUCAACGCGCAGUGUCUAAACUAGCUUAUCUUCUCGGUAUAACCAUGGUUCUAAACAGCGUGCAGCCGGUUGUUUCGGGUGUGGCUGUUGGAGGCGGUUGGCAAGGCUUAGUGGCUUAUAUAAACUUGGGUUGUUACUACAUUUUCGGCCUUCCCUUUGGAUAUCUUCUUGGUUACAAAGCAAACUUUGGAGUGAUGGGACUUUGGUCUGGAAUGAUAGCCGGGACAGCGCUUCAAACGUUGUUACUGUUGAUUGUUCUGUAUAAGACAAACUGGAAUAAAGAGGUGGAGGAGACGUUGGAACGAAUGAAGAAAUGGGGAGGGAGUGAGACGACAUCAAAGGAUAUAAUUGCGUGAUUGAUGUUCUUUUUUGUUAAGCUUAGCGGCUUUUUGUUUGUCUUUCAUUUGUUUGGCACCAAAUUGUUCUAUUUAGGCUGUAGGAAACUGUUCAACCAGUUAUGUUUUGUUACAUUUACUUCCAAAAGAAACAAAAUGCAUAACAAAUGUUAGGUAUACCGUAUACAUUUGCUCGUGUAACCCAAAUGUAUCAUAAUAAAUUCUAGCGACUUGU